GCCAAAAGGGUUUACGACUUUGCAAGUGUGACGGCUGGUGCCGGGGAAGAGCGUACGCCCGAACCAUGCAUUGAUGGCAUUCACUGCCCCUGCUGGCUCGUUGCUGGUGUCGCUCGGCUCGUUGCCCUAUUUUGUCGAUCUCAUCCAGUAUCAAAACUCCUCAGUCCUCCUUAUUUCCUGAUUUUCUAUUUAUCAAUAUUCUAAAUCAUGUCCGGAUUGGAAAGAAGCAGCUCGUAUGAAGUGAGGGAACAUUACGAAUCCAGGAAAAACACUCCAUCGUCUUCUUCAGAUAUGGAUCGUCGCUUCCACAUGUCUCCAUUCUCUCCACUAAAUUUCCACAGCCGCUUUUUCGACGAUUUCGACUUUGAUCGCGGCUUUAGCAGACCAUACUGGCACGACCAAUCGAUGUUGACGGGACACAAGAUCGGCGAGGGCGUUGAUGUUAUCGACAAUGACAAAGAGUACGCAGUCUCUGUCGAUGUAUCGCAGUUCGAGCCGGAAGAAUUGACGGUCAACAUUGUGGAUAACACUCUGAUAAUCGAGGGAAAGCAUGGAGAGAAGCCCGAUAAGUUUGGAAGGGUGGAACGACACUUCGUUCGAAAAUAUGACCUGCCGCCGUCUGUGAAGGGUGAAGAAGUGAAAAGUGAAUUGAGCAAAGAAGGGAUCCUGACGGUGAGAUAUGAUCGUCACCCGGAGCAACAGCCGAAAGUCAUUCCCAUCUCUAUCAAACCAAAACUAAUGAUGGAAACCCACCUAACUAACUGAUUUUAUGACCAAAGCGGAG